GCCUUCGCUCCUCACUCUUUCCCUAGGCGCCGUGCUGUCCUGAGCUCUGUUGAUUCGCAUUGUGUUCGCGUUCAAAUUGGUGUGCUUAACAGUGUAGUACUUGCAGAAUAGCUGUCUUGUGUUGUGGUCACAUUAAUGGUUUACCAUGGUGGUUACUACUAAGACUGAAGAUGUGCACAUUUCGAUUCGCGUAAACGGAAUCGAUUACACAGACUACUCCGAUACUCGCGUUAGGUGAGACAUUGCAGCACCGUUGCUUUGAUCUUGUGUAUAAAGCAUUGUGAUAAAGCCCAUCGGAAAGGGACAUAAGUGACCACACAUCUCUAAAAGACUAAUAAUAGAAGUAAGCUGUACCAUCUAUGAAAAGCGAGACUGCAAAGGGACGUAGACCCUUGGUCGUGCGCUCAGACAAGAUGGCAAUCGUGGAUGCUAUUACAACGUCCCCUAUCGUGAAGUCCUUCGUCGCAGGCUCCUUCUCGGGAACCUGCUCCACCAUCCUCUUCCAGCCCCUGGACUUAGUCAAGACCCGCCUCCAGACCACCAUCGCCAUUCCAUCUGGUGGGUCAAUGGGCAUGAUAGCCAUCGUGGGAAGAGUAGUUCGCAAUGAACGCAUUUUUGGACUGUGGAAAGGUGUGACUCCCAGCAUCUUCCGUUGCGUGCCAGGAGUUGGCCUAUAUUUCUCGUCACUGAACUGGUUGAAGACUAAUUUCUGUGAAGGCCAGCCUGGGGCGCUCCAGGCUAUAGCAUUAGGCGUAGUAGCUCGCACAAUCACCGGUGUCACAAUGAUACCAAUUACAGUCAUCAAAACCAGAUAUGAGAGUGGAGUUUAUAGCUAUGGGAGUGUUCGUGAAGCUAUGCGUUCAAUUUACACCAAGGAAGGGGCGAGAGGCCUGACCUGUGGCUUGAUUCCUACACUUUUACGUGAUGCACCCUUUUCUGGGCUCUAUCUAAUGUUUUAUACACAAACAAAGAAGCGUGUGCCGCAAAUUUACCUUGAGGGUAGCACUGCACCUCCUAUACACUUUACAUGCGGAGUGGUUGCCGGACUAAUGGCCUCCACUGUUACGCAGCCAUUUGAUGUGAUAAAGACCAAGAUGCAACUCUAUCCUCACAAAUUCACAUCCUUCAUGCAAGCUAUUAUUUACGUCCACAAGAAGUACGGACCGCAAGGUUAUUUCAAAGGGCUGGUCCCAAGAAUGUUGCGCCGCACUCUCAUGGCGGCGAUGGCGUGGACCGUGUACGAGCAAAUUACAAAAAGCUUUGGUUUAAAGUAGAGGGCCAUAUUUCAAGGCUUUUUCUAUGAAGGAAGUAACAAUCUGAAGAUAAUUCGUUUCACAUCCACUGCUGAAUUAUGCCGUUGCUUGCUUGAGAGACAGCGCAUAGAAAAUCUUGUUGGGAUGCAGUCAAGCAGUUUAAUUUUGAAAUCUGUCAUGUCAAGGAUGGUGUUAACAUGCUGAUUUUCAUAUGUUAAAAUUAACUUUUCAAAUUGUGGUAUAGAUUUGAAGUUAGGCUCAAGUCUUCUUUUCUGCUGGUGUGCUAAUUGUGGAUGGUUUUUGUUUUUCUUAUUUUCAUUUAAGAAGCUAUAGUACAAUCAGCACUGCAGUUUUAUGAGAUUCAUAUAAAAUGAAUCAACAUCCUGUUGCUAAAACAACAUUGUCUGUAAAUGGCAGUCAAUAGGGUCCUACUUUCCAUACUUUUGUAAUUUAUUUUUUGGUUAUGUGAAAGAUGAUACAAAUUUACACUUAAUGUUGCAUCUCCUUUAUUUAAUAUCAGAUCUCAAAAUGUUUUUUUGUCUGUUAUAUACAAAAUCUAAAAAUUCUUUGUAGUUGAUCUCUUCUGGUAAUCAAGCAUACAUGUCAUUCCUACAUGAAAUGAAACUUAAUUUUUUUUUCACUUUUCCCAUGAUUUCUUCUUUUCUGUCUGGUCAAACUUUUCCUUUACCCUAUUAUGCACUGCAGAGUUAUAUAUACUGUAUAUGUGGAGUUUAUUAAUAUGCAUCUCAACAUGGUGUACCAUUUCUCAUGCCAUAGCCAGCCUAUUCUGGAGGCCUGUGAUGUGGAUCUUUUAAGAAGCAUGAAAAUGGUGCACCAUCUUCUUGACUAACUAGAAUGUACCAAUUGUAAACAUGAUAUAUGAUGUUAUAUUGUGUAUUCUUUUUGCCUCAUUUUCGAGGUAGCAUCUUUUUACAAUAAAUAUUAUUUGUAUACCAUGCUAAUACAGUAAAAAUAGUAUUUUGACUGAA